GAAGCUCAUUGGAUUUGUCUAUUUUUUAUUCUGAUCAAUUAGCAAUUGCAUUUGUCCAUUUGCUUUAACUCUCUUAUUUCCAAGUUAAAGUCGGAAAACUACGAGGACAUAGGAGGGGUGAUUCCAGGAGAGACUCAGAAUUUCUGAGUAUAUAUAACACUUGCUCGCCUGGAUAAUUCACUGCAAAAACAACGUCUGCAGCCAAACUGGCAACUUGUUCUCCACACAUGAGUUCUAACACUCGCUUAAUUGUUCUCUUCAGUAUUACCCGCUAUCUCCAUUUUUAUGCAGACUAUACUCAAGCACUUUCCUUCAGUAUAGAUCGGUUUGACCCUGGUGCAAACAACAUAAUCUAUGAAGGUGACGCCACUCCAUCUGUUGGAGCUAUUGAAAUGAACUUGGCCGAGUGGUUAUGUCGCGUUGGCCGUGCUACUUACGCAGAGCCUCUGCACCUAUGGGACUCCUCUAACAGGACGCUUACAGAUUUCACUACCAACUUCUCCUUCACCAUUGACACUCUCAAUGCUGAUAAGUACGGCCAUGGAAUUGCCUUUUUCCUUUCUUCCGUGGGCAGCUCAAUUCCAACCAAUUCACCUGGUGGGUUCCUAGGAUUAUUUAACACCACUACUAGUGCUGCUGCGUCCCGAAACCAAUUAGUAGCUGUUGAGUUUGAUACCUUUGUGAAUGAAGAAUGGGAUCCACCAGUGCAGCAUGUUGGGAUCAACAAUAACUCGAUUGCUUCUGCCGUUUACGCUAAAUGGGAUCCUGGCUCAUACAGUGGCAAGACUGCCAAAGUUGGGAUAAGUUACAAUGCUACGACCAAGAAUCUGAGUGUGUUGUGGACAUAUGAUGAAAAUCUAGUUUUUACAGGCAACAAUUCGCUUUCUUAUCUCAUUGAUCUGAUGGAACUUCUCCCUGAGUGGGUUUCAUUUGGUUUCUCGGCAUCUACUGGCCAGUACGUUGAGAGAAACACAAUUAAUUCAUGGGCAUUCUCUUCAAAUUUGGGUGCCAAAGUUGCAAGCCAUAAAAAAGGCAAACUAAAGACAGUUUGGAUAGCGCUUAUUGCUGUAGCCGGUGCCGGUGUAUGCUUUUUGGUGCUUCUUUUUCUGUUGAACAAAUUUUGCACAACUGUUCCUGUAAGCAGAAGACCUUGGCCAAUAAAUUUUAGUUACGGAGACCUUGCCGACGCUACCAAUAACUUUGCAGAUGAUAGGAAGUUAGGCAAAGGUGUAUCUGGAACUGUUUUCGAAGGAUUUUUGAGAGAUCUAGGGUGCCAAGUUGCUGUGAAGAAAAUUGAUGCUGAAUCCGAGGAUCUUUUCAUCAAUGAAGUGAAUAUUAUAAGCAGUUUAAAACACAGAAACCUGGUGAAGUUCAUGGGAUGGUGUCACGAGCAAGGAAAAUUUUUACUCGUUUAUGAAUACAUGUCCAAAGGUAGCCUCCAUGAUCAUCUUUUUGGCAACAGGAAAAUCCUCCGUUGGAAUGUGAGAUACAAUACAGCUUUGGCCUUGGCAGCAGCUCUUAAAUAUCUUCAUGAAGAUGUAGAUCCACUUGUACUUCAUAUGGAUAUCAAACCAGAUAAUAUAUUGUUAGGUGAAGAUUUCAGAGCCAAAGUUGGUGACUUUGGGAUUUCCAAGUUUGUGCACUCUCAGUUGAGGUCUGAAAGAACAAAUCCAGUGGGGACUCGUGGGUAUGUUGCCCCUGAAUUCCGAAGAGAAGGGAGGGCAACUACGCACUCGGACAUGUAUAGCUUUGGGGUUGUGGCUUUGGAAAUUGCUUGUGGAAAGAUGAAUUACAGAAAUAAUGAUCCUCAAAAUUUGAUUAAGGAAGUCUGGACACUGUAUAAAGCGGAAAAAAUACUAGAUGCAGCUGACAAAAAAUUAAAGAAGGAAUUUGACCCAAAAGAAAUGGAAUGCUUGAUGAUUGUCGGUUUAUUGUGCACAAACCCAGCAGACAACGGAAGGCCUUCAGCCGGAAGAGUGAUGCAGUAUCUCAACUCUCCUGAACUUCCAUUGCCAGAGCUUCCUCCAUUGUUGCAUGAUCCCGAGUUCCCUGUGAAUUUAGAUGCAGGUGAAAGGAUUACUCAAUGACCAUGAACAAGAACAACUAUAAUAUAUUAUUUCAAUUGCCAAAAAUAAUAAUUGUUGAUGUAGAAAGAUUAAAAAGUAUAUGCCUUGAAAAAUCUCGAAAUUUAAGAAUGUCAUUGCC